AUGUCCCGGGACAAAACCGAUAUCGCCGAACGCUCCACCGUUGAGAGAGGCCCGGAGGAAGAAUGGGAGAAGAGCGGCGUGGAAGGAGGAGGAUUACGGGAUACAAAUAUUGUGGACUUUGACGGCCCCAACGACCCAGAGCACCCACUGAACUGGUCGACGACCAGGAAGACGACGUCCAUUGUCAUCGUUUCUCUGACCGCACUACUCUCGCCUGUAGGGUCAACCAUCAGCGCGGCGGCGGCGGCCGAUAUCAUGCAGCAUUUUGACACAUCGGAUGAGAUGCUGGGGACACUCGUGACUACCAUCUACCUGCUUGGAUACGCCUUCGGCCCAAUGGUCAUCGCGCCGCUGUCGGAACUGUACGGACGGGCCAUCGUGUUCCGGUCUUGUACUCUCCUGUUCGUCGUCUUUAACGUCGCGUGCGCGGUAGCGAACAGCUUCGGCUCCCUGGUGGUUUACCGCCUGCUGGCGGGCAUCGCCGGGUCGUGCGCGGGAACGCUGGGCGCCAGUUCUAUCGCAGACAUGAUCGCGCGCGAGAAGCGCGGGACCGUCAUGUCUGCGUACAUCAUGGGCCCAACCUUGGGCCCGACCAUCGGGCCCAUCAUCGGCGGAAAUUUAACGGCGGCCGCAGGCUGGCGAUGGGGUUUCUGGCUCAUGGCCAUUGCCUCAGGUGUCAUGGCUGUCUUCGUUGUCCUCUUUCUACACGAGUCGUAUCCAUACGUGAUUCUGAAGAGAAAAACGGCAAAGUUGCGCCGAACCACCGGGAACCAUAACCUGCGGUCGGCCUUGGAUACAAGCAAAACCCCCGGCCAGUUAUUCGCGUUCUCUAUACUGCGCCCUUUCAAGAUGCUAGUCUCACCCAUCGUUUUCUUGAUGUCGGCCUACGCCGCCACCGUUUUCAGCUAUGCCUACCUCUGCUUCACAACUUUCCCCCGCAUUUUCAAGGACCAAUACUGCUUCGGCAGCGGAGCGUCCGGCCUAACCAGCAUUGGGAUUGGAGUCGGUUUUAUCGUGGGUCUUUUGUUUGUCGGCGCUGUCUCUGAUCGUUGGUCCGCCCACCUAACAAAAGGAAACGGUGGCGUGGCCAAGCCUGAGUAUCGACUGCCCACAUUGGUUGUCGGCGCUGUUUUCGUGCCCGUCGGCCUUUUUUGGUACGGCUGGUCAGCAGAGUACAAGGCCCAUUGGAUCGUUCCCAUUAUCGGAACCGCCUUCACUGGUAUCGGCAUUGUGACUGCAUAUAAAACCACCGCAACAUAUCUCAUCGAUGCAUACACGGUUUUUUCCGCCUCAGUCAUGGCCGCAAGUGCCAUCCUCCGCUGUCUCUUCGGUGCCCUGCUGCUUUUGGCUGGUAGCGCCAUGUUCGACGCCCUAGGAGUAGGCUGGGGUAACUCAGUUCUUGGGUUCAUAUCUCUUGCUUUUCUUCCCCUGCCGUUCAUCCUUUUCUUUUACGGUGAAAGAAUCCGCAAGUCACGACUUUUCAAAAUGGAUCUUUAG